AUGCGACCAACACAGGCAACUAGCCAUCCGUACGUACUGGAGACCCCGCAUGGUCGCCUGUCGGGGAUUGAGCAGCGAGACAUAUCGGGAAAGUCCAUCCUGUACCGCUUCUCCAAGAUCCCAUAUGCAUUGCCGCCUGUUGGGCCGCUGCGGUGGAGGCGAACUCAAAAGCUGCCUUCUGAAUUCUCGUUCAAUUCUGCCUCAGGAGAGCCAGGAGACUACUCUCAGUUCGGCCCAAUUUGCCCCCAGCCUGUAUACACCCAUGGCGCUGCGUCUCUCCCUAAUUCUAAUGCCGCACCACCCGUUGUGAACGUUGAGGACGAAGACUGCUUAUACCUCAACGUCUGGGUACCUGCUGGAGCACCCCCGGAAGGCGGAUGGCCAGUUCAAUUCUUCCUUCAUGGAGGCUGGUUGCAAGUUGGAAACGCCAAUCAGAAACAUGAGAAUGACCCAAUAGACCUCCUCAACGAAGCUGCUCCUCGUAUCAUCGUCUCACCCACCUACCGCCUGAACGUAUUUGGCUUUCUCGGAGGCAAGGAUCUGAGCUCGGUCGGCGAAGACCCUGCCGCUGGAAACUACGGGUUCUGGGACCAGCGGUGCGCUCUGGAAUGGGUGGCCCAGUACAUAUCGGAUUUCGGUGGCAACCCAGGCAACAUCUCAGUAGGCGGGCUAUCAGCCGGCGCCAAUUCCGCAUUCUACCAACUAUACUACGAUGCUCGCUUGCCUGCCUCCCAGCGACUCAUCCGAAGGAUCUAUCUGUGGUCGAACGGCGUGGCGAUCCAGCCGAGUGCCACAGACUCGGAGACGCUCACAGGCCAAUUCAACGAUCUCUGCUCCUUAUUCGGCAUAUCAGCGACGGAAAAGCCAGAGGAGAAGCUCUCGAGGCUUCGCCAGAUCCCGUCAAAAGACUUGGUCGAUGCCCUUUUCAAGCUCAAGCUGCACACAUUCCGAGCCAGCACCGACAACGACUUCAUCCCUCCUACCUUUCUGUCGUCGCUGCACUCUGGCUCAUACACCACGCUUCUGCACGAUAACGGCACCUCCGUCCUGUUGGGGGAGGUUAGCGACGAGAAAGAGCUCUACAAGAUUACGAACCCGCCCAACUCGCGCGAGAGUCUCCAGGUGGAGCUGGAGAACUACUACCCAAAGGUCGUAUGCGAUGCUUUACUACCUCUGUAUGCCGUACCGGACCCCGGAUCGGCCAACGACACACCCGAGGCGUAUGCGGAGAUUUUCGGGCAGAUCGUGGCUGAUGGGCAGGUCCACGCGUCAAUCCGGGGGUUCGCUCACCUGCUCUUGAAUCCUCCAUCGGGAGAGAAUGUGCGGCCUCUGCCGGCUGAGAGGGUUCACCGAUACCGAAUCUCAUGGAGGGCGAAAGCUCUUGAUGCGUGGCUCCGACCAGAACUGGGAGUGUUCCAUGCUGCUGAUACGCAGAUCUGGUGGGCGUCGGGCUGGAGGCAGGACUUUACGGAAGAGGACAAGAAGGUGACCAAGAACUUCAUCGAGCCAUUUGGGCAGUUCCUGUAUGGCAAGAGUGUAGAUUGGGGGCAUACAGAAUUGGGCGAGGACCAUUUGCUGUGGUUGGACCCCAAUGGCAAGGUGCAUCAGGGCUACAAGGAUGAUUUAUGGCAACGAGGGAUGGAAGUGUGGAAUGCUAUAUGGCUGGCACAGAAAGAUUUAGUUGCUCAUGAGCAUUAA